AUGAUCUCCGACAGAGGAGAUGACCCAAUGUGGUUCCUAGAGGGCCCCAUGACUUCCAGUCAAGUCUGGAACUUUCCUCAAGGGGUGCCAAGCUGGCGUCCUCUUCCCAGCUCAGCAGAUGGUUUCACUUCAGCGUUACCCCGACUUGAACGCAGAGUGUUGGAAUUUUGGCCCCGCGUUCAUGACAGAGAAACAUGGGGAUUUUGCGUCAGGACCUUCCUCAGUUACGUUGACCACUUCUUGGAUACCGGUGCAAUGCCGCUCAUUGGUUCGCUCGUCGAUCGCAAACCAGAUCUUUCGCCUCUGCUGCGGGAAGCCUAUGGGGUCUGCGCAGCAUAUCGAACCUGCAAGAACGCCAAAAAGCCUUUCUACCACCAGCUCCUGAACGCAGCCGUCAAUAAUAUGAGCCUAAUUAGCCAAACGCACAUUGGCGUGCAAGGCCAGUUGGACCGUAUUCAAGCGCUGAUCCUCUACUAUAUCCUGUUCCUUCCGGGUGGCAUCAACGACAAGCCGCUCCUUCGACAACUAGACCGUAUGCUGGCGCAGGGCACUGCCGACCUAGAACGGAUGGAACUAGCAAGCCGCCAGGCGACCCGAGACAAGACACAACUGGACUCUCAUUUUUCUGACAGCCAUUUAAAUAGCUGGGUGCUUUGCGAGAGUGCUCGUCGACUCGUCAUUAUUUCGUAUCUGGUGCGCGCCGUUCACUCGGUGGUCCAGUUCCAAAGAUGCGACUAUAUCAAAUAUCUGGUGGGGCUGCCGGUUUCAACUAAAUCAUAUGCGGAGCUUUGCUGGGAGGAGUUCAUCUAUGAACGGGAGCAGAGCUCCGCGCAAUCAAUCUCGGGAGUCAUUUCGUAUGAUGAAUUUGUGAGUGACUGGGAACAAGGAGGACUAGUUCAAGUCGAUGAGUUCAGGCACCUGUUGCUGGUGGCGUGUAAAGGGUUGGGCUCUGUACAGGAAAGGACAUCAAAACAGCUGGUUCCGACCUUUGAUGAUUUCAUGCAUACCUAG